AGAGAGAGACAGACAGACAGAGAGAGAGAGAUAGACACAGAGAGAGAGAGAGAGAGACGGAGAGAGAGAGAGAGAGAGAGAGACAGACAGAGAGACAGAGAGAGAGAGAGAGAUAGAGAGAGAGAGAGAGAGAGAGACAGACAGAGAGACAGAGAGAGAGAGAGAGAUAGAGAGAGAGAGAGAGAGAGACUGCACCAGCUCGCGCUGUUCCGCUGCAGGAUUUGGUGAAUAAAGGGAAGAAUGGUGUUCGCUGUUUCAUUUCCCGGACGUGUUGCUCGGUUGAAGACCGGAUUAACGCGCGCGCACUAGCCCGGUUUAAACCCGUGAGUGGAUUAUAAAGGAAAUUUUUUUUUUUAAACUCCUGGAUUUUGCACACUGACCGGAUUUAAGCGUCUCCUCGCGCGCGCCGUUUCUGCUCCAAGCCGCUCGCUGUGAGCAGGAGAGACAGAGGGAGGAAAAGAGAAAGAGAAAGAGAGAAGCCGUCCGUGUCAUGGGCUCUGGCCUGUGAUCCUCGCCGCGAGCUUCCUGUCCCGAGACGCACCGAACUGAUCAGGAUGAAGAGCGAGUUUGUGUCGUUUCCGCUGUGCGCCGUCACGCUGCUCACGCUGGCUCUGUCGCAGCACUGCCUCGCCAUCCGAUGGCUGGCUUUAUCCCAGACGUCGGAGCACAUUAAUAAGACGCAGCAGUGUAAGUCGCUCCCCGGCCUGGUGUCGUCGCAGGCGCAGCUCUGCCGCACUAACCUGGAGCUCAUGCAGGUCAUCGUCCAGGCCGCACGUGAGGUCAAGAAGACGUGUCAGAAAACCUUCUCCGACAUGCGCUGGAACUGCUCGUCCAUCGAAGCUCCUAAAUACCUCCCGGACCUGGAGAGAGGAACGAGGGAGUCUGCGUUCGUGUACGCUCUCGCCGCCGCCGCUAUCAGCCACACCAUCGCUCGAGCGUGCACCAGCGGAGAUCUGAGGCUGUGUUCGUGCGGCCCGAUCCCAGGUGACACCCUCGAGCCCGGGCACAGGUGGGGCGGCUGCGCUGACAACCUCCACUACGGCCUCAACAUGGGAUCAAAGUUCUCAGACGCUCCCAUGAAGAUGAAGAAGAAAACUGGGUUACACCCGAACAAACUAAUGCACCUGCACAACAGUGAAGUGGGACGACAGGCCCUGAAGGAUGCACUGGUGAUGAAAUGUAAGUGUCACGGAGUCUCAGGCUCCUGCUCCAUCCGCACCUGUUGGCGAGGGCUACACGACCUGAAGGAAAUCGCUCAGGACCUGAAGACGAAGUACCUGUCGGCCACCAGAGUGAAGCACCAGCCUACAGGGACGCGCAAACAGCUCGUCCCCAAAGACAUCGACGUGCGACCGGUGCGAGAGAACGAGCUGGUGUACCUGCAGAGCUCGCCCGACUUCUGCGCCAAGAACGAAAAGAUGGGAUCCAUCGGCACUCAGGACAGGCAAUGCAACAAGACGUCGAGCGGGAGCGACAGCUGCGAUCUGAUGUGCUGCGGCCGAGGCUACAAUCCGUACACGGAGAAAGUGAUGGAGCGCUGCCACUGCAAGUACCACUGGUGCUGCUACGUCACCUGUAAGAAGUGUGAGAGGACUGUGGAGAGAUAUGUGUGUAAAUGAGUCUCACACACACACACACACACACAAACACACACACACACACACACACACACGCUGACGAUCCGAGCUGGAAUUCUCUCCACGUAUACGUCUAUAACACGUACACAUUUCUGCAUUGGGAAGCUCCGAUUAUCCGUCUUUAACCAAAAGCACUACACUUCAGAGAAAGCUGACGUUCGUUUUAACACCUUUUUUUUGUACUUUUUUUAUAUAUUUUUUUUUCCCAUGAACAAUUUUUUUUUUUUUUACAUUUUUUGUUUUUGGUAUGAAUUUUGCUCAAAACUCUGACCAACCCAGAGACUGGACUAUUUUGCAUUUUCCAAACUUUUUUUUUUUUUUUUUUUCUUACAGUGACACAAUGACCGGGCAUUCUUUUCCUUUCUUUCUUUCUUUUCUUUUUUUUUUUUUUUAAUGCAUUUCAUAUCUGGAGUUUUAUUCUUAUAUGAUAGUCAAGGAGAAUUGUUUGUUUUGUUUUGUUUUGUAUUAAUAUUACAAAAUACAGUGCAGUGACUGGGACUAUUUUGCAUUUUACAAACUUUUUUUUUUUUAACGACAAACCAUCUGUCCUUUUUUAUUAUUUUUUUUAAGCAUUUCUUAUAUCCGGAUAUCAAGAGUUUAUUUUCUUAUAUGAUGUUCUAAAAUAAAAGUUUUAUUUUUUGAUUUUUUUUUUGGUAUAUGUAUUGCACAAAAAAAACCAAAAAAAAAAACCCAACAGCCCAGAGAUCCGACUAUUUUACACUUUAUUUUUCCAAAUGUUUCAUUUCAACUUUUUUUUUUUUUUUUAAUCCGGCCAUCCUAAAGAGAACUCUGUGAUUCUUUUAACGCGCAGCUUAUAUCCAAAGUUUAUUUUCUUGUAUGAUAUUCACAGAGAAAUGUUUUAUUUUAUUUUUGUUUCUUUUUUUGUGAAAAAACAAACCAGAGAUCAGACUUUUUUGCCUUUUUUUUUUUUUUUAAACAAUGACCAGCCAUUCUAAAGAGAACUUUAUGUAGUUUUUUAAAAAGCACAUCUUAUACCUGGAUAUUAAAGGUUUAUUUUCUUAAACAAUACUCAAGGAGAAAUGUUUGUUUUUGGUAUAAAUAUUGCAAAAAAACAUCAACAACAACAACAACAAAACCCAGAGUUUUUUUGGACCAGUUUGCAUUUUUCCAAUUUUUUUUUUCUUGUACUAAGGAGAACUUUUCCAUAAUUUUUAUCUUGUAAAAGCAUAUCUUAUAUCUGGAUAUGGAGAGUUUAUUUUCCUGUACGAUACUCGGCAUCCCUCUGUAACGGUGCCUGGAUCUCUCUUCUGGAAAUGGACACGCUUCAAGUGGAUUCCAGUUUCGAUUUCUGGGAAAUUAGCACGCUUUGGUGGACGGUGCUUUGUUUUUUAUUUUAUUUUUGCAAGAAUGCGAGUGUUUAAUGGACGAAUAAGAAAGACUGAACCAGACGUGAACUUGUGAAAUGGCUUCUGUGUCUCGGUCUGAGUAGUCCACAAAUAUGAUUUUAAUGGGAGAAAAUAUCCGCAUUUAUAUAUUUAUCCUCAGCAGGAUGGUCGGACUGUAUGUGUUUUAUUCCUAGAUUUUAAUCCACCGUGCAGAAGUUUUUCUUCAAAAUAAUAAUAAUAAUAAUAAUAAUAAUAAUAAUAAUAAUAAUAAUAAACUACAACCAGCACCACAUCAUGAACCACUUAUCUGUGGAUGUACAUACUGUCCUUUUUGUAUGCUGAAUUAAAAAAAAAAGAAAUAUUUAUAGAGUAAUUAAAGAUUCUUUACCAGAAUUUUACCUAGUUCUGCUUUUUCUUUUACUUUCCGAGUGUUGUUUUAGCUCAGGAAUGAUUGAGGACGUUGUGGUGGGUUGCAGGUUUAAAUGGUCAGCAUUACUGUAAUCAAUUUAAGUUGCCUCUCUUGAACAAAUACAAUUCAUCACAAUUUGGCCUGAUGCUAGUAUAAAUCAGCUGAAGCUUGCUACGAGGCCAAGGAGCGGCCGCUUAAAAUGCUAACAACCCUGGGAAAGUGUUUAGAAAUACAGUGGGAAUAAGAACGACGGGUGUUUCAGAAAAGCUUUUCCUGUGUUCUUGCUGUUAGACGCCUGUAUGUUCGGUAUGGAUAAUCUUUCAUGGAUACACUCUUAGAAAUAACAGGUCCAGGGCUCUUUGGUUUGGUCCAAUGUGGAAACCCUCAGUAUACUCUGAGGAGGAAAAAAUGUGCCAAGGGAAAUUUAGUAUUUUUAAUUUAGCGAUGAAUAAAAAUGAACAGAUGAAUAAAGACUGAAGUACCAUGCAACAUCAAUUAACACAGACUCGCAUUUUCUUCCCAUGUUUUCAAAUCAAUCACUUGGGCUUUAAAUUUUUAUUCGGAGUGUUUUAAGGUUAAACUGUAGACAAACUUGACUGUUAACAUGAACAAUCAAUUAACACUUUUGUAUCAAAAAGGAACUUACCCUGUUUUUUUUCCUCCAUUGUGGAGAUUUAGAGCUGCGCAAUAAACUGUAAUAAAUCGCAA